AUGUCUAACAAAAUCUUUGAUAAUUACUUCAAAAAUUUGGAUAAAAUACUCUCAAUAAACGGAGAAAUUACAAACUUACAGGCUAAAUUAAUAAAUGAAUUUGAUAAACUUAAAGAUUUAGAUUCUACUAGCCCCGAAUACGAAGAACUUUGUCUAAAUAUUGAAACCAAUAAUAUAAUACUUGUGAAUCUGUUAGAAGAAUAUACCGAUUUUAUUAAUAUUAACACCAUCGAAGGAGAUAAAUAUAUUGAAGAAAAGUUUAAUCUCACAAAUAAUAUAACUAAAUACCUCCUAGAAAUAAAGAAAAGAUGA